GAAAGGUUCGAAAAAAAGUUUUUAAUGUUUCCAAGUUUUGAAAAUAGAACGAAAACCAUCAAUUCGUUAACGAUGACGGCUGCCUCCGGAGAAUCAUCAUCAAAACUUCUUGUUCCGGGAAGAGUUACAGCAACGGGUAAUAUUCCUCAAGGUGCCAUGUCGAUGCCGAUUGUUGCUGAAAAAUUAAAAGGACAACCGGAUGUUGUGCAGAUAUCAGUUGGAGUAAAUUGUUUUGGUACGAUAGAAUUAGAAAAAACAUCCCGAUCUUCAUGGAAAGAUGAUAUCCAUUGGAUACGAGCUUUAAGACUUUCGGAUGAUUGUCAUAGUUAUAAUAUACAAUUAAGACUUUUAACAUCAACGAAACAAUCAACCUCUUCGAUUCGAUCAAACUUUCAAUCGUCUUUGGUGUUGCAAUGUGUUCGGCCGAUCGAACCCGGUCAAGAAUUAUUACUAUGGUUUUCCGAGGAAAUUUUAGCCAUGCUGCAAAUUGUAUUUUUAACUCCUUCUAAUAUUCAAGGUCAAAAAAAAUAUGUUUGCACGAAAUGUUCAGCAAUGUACGAAUCGCCGAAUCCAUUGAAACUUCAUGUAACACUAUCCUGCGGAAAACAUGCAAUAUCAUGGUUAUGGAGUAAAUUAUCAAAUAUGUUACCCGAAAAUACUUCUCAUAUAAACCACACAAAACAAGAAUUUAAUUUUAAACUUUUCAAUAACACUGCUGGGAAACAUGAAAACCAGAAAAAUGCCAUCGAUUUAACGGUAACAAAUUCUCCAACAUCAUCCGAUUCACGACAUUCACAUCUAAAAGAAAAUAAUUUAGAAAAGUUUAAACCAUUUAUUAAAAAACCACCAACAAAUAAUCUUCAAAUACCGGAUCAAAAUCAAUUUUAUCCACAAUGGCCAAUGUCGAUAUCAUAUCCGGAAGAUUUUAUUCCAGUACCUUUUGAUUUUGCCCCAACGACACAUCAUCAACGACCUGAAGAUGAAGCGGAAAUCGAAACAUUGUUUAGUACAUUAGGAAAAUCGAAACAAGGUCACAUUUGUUUAUAUUGCGGCAAAUGCUAUUCAAGGAAAUAUGGAUUAAAAAUACAUAUUAGGACACAUACUGGAUAUAAACCUUUAAAGUGUAAAUACUGUUUAAGACCGUUCGGAGAUCCGAGUAAUUUGAAUAAACACGUUAGGUUACACGCUGCUGGAGAUACACCUUAUAAAUGUGAUUUAUGCGGAAAAGUUUUAGUACGAAGAAGAGACCUUGAUAGACACUUAAAAUCUAGGCAUAUGUCUGAUAUGCAUCCGGAAAGUAGUGCAACCAGCUCUAAUUCAAACGAAGAAAUGACAUUAACCAGCGAUGAAGAUGAUCCAAUUUCAGUAGAUUAAAAAAUAUCUUAUUCGCGAAAAAUUCUUAUAUUAACUCUUUUAAUCCCGAUUUUAAUCAGCAUUUUUGUACAUAGUUUAAAGUAUGUUAAAAAUAUACAAUUGUUAU